AUGAAGGGCAUUUCUGUAAAUCACAAAAUUUAUUGGGUCUGCCCACUUUCACUUGUGAGCACUUUCAGUCAUACCAUCUAUGAGCACUCAACCACACAUGAAAGCUUUUUAUGCUUUACCAAUUUCCCUUCACUUUUCCAAUUUUACUUCUUCCUCUCAAAAUAUCUGCCUACCAAAAACACAAGCUCUACAAUCUCUGGAUACUUUGUUAAAAAAGCUAUCAGUUUGCAGCCGUUUGUGCUGUGCAGGUUGUUGUUCUUAUAUGUGAUCGACCAUCUCCACUUUGGAACUCCUUGUAAAUAGUUUCUGGAGCAUAGAGAACAUAUGUUCACAGUUGCAGUUAUCUCUACCAGCCAGCCAGCCAUUCAGAUUGCUCUAUUUUCGAUUAGCACUUAUUCUAACUAUGCUAUGUAGUUGAUCCAACCUAUCAUGUAAUUGUACGCUACAAAAUUAGUUGUGCAUGUCUGCAAAGAAGAUCUAGCAAAGAAUGUAAUCAUCUUUGUUUAGUAGCAGUUGCGGUUUUAUUGAUAGAUAACUAUAAUUAUUUUCCUUUCUUAUGGUAGGCAUAAGUGUGUAAUCUAUUAUUUGUAUUCCUUUGUAAGAUGCUUGUGUUGAUACUCCCAAGGUCCUAUGUGUGAGGGAUGUCUCUUGUUUUCUUUUU